GUUAACCAGCUAACAAGCACUUGCACGGCCUUGAGCUCAGUACGGUGGAUGGAGUAGUGUUCCUCGUCAGAAAGUUGAAUAGCUGCCAAGGUCGACUUGGUCGAAUGAGGAAAUUGUGAUGAAAAUCAGCCAGUCAUGACUGGAGGCCCCGUCAAAGUCAGACGGAAUCCCUAUCUCAGUGCUAGUCCACUCUCCAAGCUUUUCUUCACGUGGAUAGGACCACUGUUUGAAAUCGCUUACAAGAACAGAAACCUCUCCCCUAGCGACCUAGAUGAUGUAUUACCAUCGGACGAGUCCAAACACUUGGGGGACAAACUUGAAAGAGAAUGGGCGAAGGAGUUGCAGAAGGAGAAGUUAGGAACAAAUGCCAGUCUCAAACUCGCACUUUUCCGGACCUUUGGCUGGUCCUACGCCUUCUUCAGCAUUUUUGCAGUCGUAGAGGAAGUAAUCCGCCUUAGCCAACCAUUCAUCCUAGGUCGUUUUAUCGACUAUUUCUCACCUGUUCUGGACGUCCAGGUUUGGGAAGCCUAUGUCUUGGCUGGUGGAGUCACCAUGUGUGCCAUAGGGCUCAUGUUAGUCCAUAGCCCUUUUUGCUUCGGACUUAAGAGGCUUGCAAUGAGAAUUCGGGUGUCCCUGUGUACCUUGGUCUACCGUAAGAUGUUGAAACUGGACACCAUUUCUACUCGUCAGUCCUCAAGUGGUCAAGUAAAUAAUCUCAUGACAAAUGAUGUCAACAGGUUUGACAAGGCCUUGAUCUCCUUGAAUUAUCUGUGGUUGUCUCCGCUAAAAGCAGCUGCAGUCUUUAGCCUUCUCUGGCUGGAGAUUGGAUGGGCGUGUCUCCCAGGAUAUGCUGUUCUGGUCAUUCUUCUGCCUGUUCAAGCCGGAAUGAGCACACUUUUCUCCAAAUUCAGGAGGAGGACAGCGUCUUAUACAGACAAGCGAGUUGGCGUUAUGACGGAGAUCAUUCAUGCCAUGCGUGUCAUCAAGAUGUAUGCUUGGGAAGAGCCAUUCAGCGACCUGAUACAGAAAAUCAGGAAGGCAGAGAUGAGCAAGAUCAUCCAGGCCUCCUAUGCGGUGGGCGUCAACCUCAUUCUCUCCAUCUACGGCAACCGUCUCCUGGAUGUCUGCAUGAUUUCCACAUAUGCCCUCACUGCCCCGAGGAUAUACGUCUCCACGGUGUUCGUCGUGGUUUCAUACUGCGCUACAUUGCGAGGAUCAUUCCUAAGGCAUUUCCCCAGGGCAGUGCAGUUACGAUCAGAGUGCCUGGUGUCCAUCAAAAGAAUCCAGAAUUUUUUGCUGCUGUCUGAGAUCUCCCUACCAUCGGCUGGACCCUCGAACCCAAAUCACGAUAAAUCAGGAAUUCAUGUCCAAGACUUAAUGGGCUCCUGGGAUAGGAAUUUAGACAACCCUUCACUGAGCAACGUCAGUUUUGAUGUUUGUAAGGGUGACCUGUUGGCUGUGGUUGGCCCAGUGGGAUCUGGCAAGUCGAGCCUUCUCAUGGCUCUCCUGAAGGAAUUACCAACAGUCUCUGGCAAGGUGAAUAUAGAUGGUCGGCUGGCCUAUGCUAGCCAGGAACCCUGGAACUUCAGUGGCACCGUCCGGCAGAAUAUCACCUUCGGUAAAGAAUUCGAGAGGACAAAAUACGCCCGAAUCCUGGAAGCCUGCGCUCUGACUAAGGACAUCAAAGCAUUCCCAAGUGGUGACCGGACCAUCAUUGGCGAGAGAGGCGUGACCCUCAGUGGAGGUCAGAGGGCAAGGGUGAACUUGGCCCGAGCCUUGUACGAUGAUGCUGACAUCUAUCUGUUGGAUGAUCCGUUGAGCGCCGUCGACAGUGAAGUAGGAAGGCACAUCUUUGACAAAUGUGUCAUGGGAUACCUCGCCAAUAAAGCCCGGAUACUUGUCACUCAUCAGUUGCAGUUCUUAAGCACCGCAAACAAUAUCCUUGUUUUAAAAGAGGGUCACAUGGAAGCCUUCGGCCCCCUGAGUGACCUUCACCAGAAGGGCAUAGACUUUGCAUCCCUGAUGAAACAAGAUGAGGAGGAGGAUGAAGAAGAUGACGAUGUUUUUGGAGACGAGGAGCAUCCUGGCUUCACAAGACAACGGAGCAAAAAAUUCAGCGUCUGCUCUCAGAUUAGUGUCAAAGAUGACAAGUCGCACCCCUUGGAAGUCAAACCCUUCAAAGAGGAGCAUAGCAAAGAGGGAGACGUAACCCUCGGGGUCUACUACAAGUACUUCAAAUCUGGCGCUAACUUCUUCAUGAUGCUGCUCCUGCUCAUCUCCUUCUUGGGAACCCAGACUGCCUACAUCCUUGCGGAUCUCUGGUUGGCUUUGUGGACCGUGGAAGAGGAGAAAAAACACGCCAUGAAUCUGACUAUGCUGAAUCAAUCCCAGUUGGAAGAUAACGAGGACCUAGAUGACGGCAACAACCUGCUGAAGUUCAACUUCGAUUUCACCACGGCUGAGGGCGCUUUCAUCUAUGCUGGCUUCAUUGGUCUGCUCUUCCUGCUUGCUAUCUUCCGAUUGAUUCUGUGCUUCAGCAUCAUGGUCAAGUCCUCCCGCAACAUCCACAACAGAAUGUUCAAGGCCAUCAUCCACUCCCCGAUAUUGUUCUUCGACACCAAUCCCACAGGACGUAUCUUGAAUCGCUUUACCAAUGACAUUGGUCUGAUGGAUGACCAACUGCCCCCGGCAUUUUUCGAUUUCCUUCAGCUAUCGCUGCUGAUCCUGGGUACACUCGUUCUAACCUGUAUUGUCAACUACUACCUCUUAAUCCUGCUGUUGCCUCUUGUUAUCAUCUUUGCAAUCUUGAAGUGGUAUGCGCUGAUAGCCACAAGGGCCAUCAAACGUCUUGACAGUGUCAGUAAUUGUAAGACGCUAGGGAAAAGAUACAGAGAAAAUGUUUGCUCGUCACAAAAAAAUGGCGGAAUGGUUCAAUUACUCAUUUCCACACCUCAAAAAUCUGGGGUGAUAUAUACCGAAAUCCUCCAGGGAUUCACGCCCAAGCCUGAAUAUCACUUAACAUGUUCCCGCAGUCCCGUUUUCUCCCACACCACGACCUCCUUUCAGGGCCUCAGCACCAUCAGAGCCUACAACAAGCAAGCGCAGUUCAUCCAAGACUUUCAGCGCUACCAGGACCAGCACUCAGAGGCCUGGUUUGCCUACCUGGCGGCCAACCGCUGGUUUGGUCUGAGGCUGGACAUCAUAGUGGUAAUCUUCACUGCUGGAGUCGCCUUUGUGUCUGUUCCUUUCAAAGGCAUUAUUGAUGCUGGAAUAAUUGCGAUCAUCCUCAGUAAUACCCUUCCCUUAACCACCAUCUUCCAGUUUGUAGUUAGACAGAGUGCUCUGGUAGAGAAUCAGAUGACAUCUGUGGAGAGGACCAUUGAGUACACGACGCUUGAGCCAGAAGCCCCACUUACAAACGUGAAGGCCAAACCGCCACCAACAUGGCCGCAGUGUGGAGCCCUCACUUUCAACAGUCUGUCUCUCAGCUACUCAGAAGACAGUCCAAGAAUCCUAGAAAAUAUCACCUGCAAAGUCGCUGCUAAAGAGAAGGUCGGCAUUGUUGGUCGGUCCGGCGCAGGCAAGAGCUCUCUGAUCACAGCUCUCUUCCGAUUGGCUGAACCCAGCGGUGUCAUCAUGCUGGAUGGCAUCACCACGUCCAAUGUGGGCCUGCACGACCUCAGGAACAAACUGUCAAUCAUUCCACAGGACCCUGUCUUGUUUACCGGUAGUUUGCGUUAUAACCUGGAUCCCUUCGACCAGUACUCGGACAUGGAACUCUGGAAUGCUCUGGAUGACGUUCAAUUGCGCUCGGGUGUGCAGGACUCAGCCGAGAAACUCAACAUGGAGGUGGGUGCGUCAGGCUCCAAAUUCAGCGUGGGUCAGCGUCAGCUGAUCUGCCUGGCACGGGCGAUACUCCGGCAGAAUAGGGUGCUGAUAAUGGAUGAGGCUACGGCAAACGUGGAUCCGGGGACCGAUGCCCUGAUUCAGAAGACAAUUAGAACCAAAUUCCUGAACAGCACCGUGCUGACAAUAGCACACAGACUGCACACCGUCAUAGACAGUGAUCGCAUCAUGGUCUUGGAUGCUGGUAAACUUGUUGAGUUUGACCACCCGUACGCCUUACUCCAGCGACCAGACAGCAUGCUGAGCAGACUGGUGGAGCAAACGAGCAAGGCGGAGACCGCUUCCCUAGUGGAGGCGGCUCGUCAGUACUUCAACCAAAAAGGGUUGACGGGGAUAUCACCUUCCUCAGAAUCGAAACCAAGCCCCACCCACGAGAAUAUGGAACAAGCCAAGGUUGACGCUGUCUCCAGUGGAAUAUCCUCUAUGGUGUUUUUUAACGAAGGAUUUGAGGAUGUCCCACUCGACGGAAUAGGGGAUUCCACCGACAAGACACCUGAAGGGGAAAGUUAAAUCUAACCUUGAAUUCAGGAUGUUCACUUCAUCUGAUUAAUCAAGCCGCACGCCCGAUACACAACUGUGAGAACGUGAACUUUUUGACAUGUUCUGGAGUUGAGCAUUACAUGCUAGAUAAUUCAUUUUAUUGGUUUGGAACUAUAAACGGUUUUACAUUAAAUCACAUCUUUAAAACCUGUACAGACAAAGUUAUAGCGCUGUUGAGAAAAUGCUCGCUGCAGUAACAAGCUCAAGCGUAAUAAGCUAGGAACCAUAGUGGCAAGAAAUAUAAAAUGCAUGUCACUUCAGUUGGUAACCAAUCCUUCCCAGACCACUAUUUUCUGUCCUUAGCCAAUUUUGGUGUUAUAAGUCAAUUAUUGUUAUUGGGUCCAAAUUAAAAAAUCUGCUCUUUUUCCGAAUAACUAACAGUUUGUUAAAUUUAUUCUAUAUCUCUGUUCAUUUUAACAAUGCUUUCCAUGCGGCGUUAUAAAUUAUGUAUCUUUCGUCACUUUUGUAUGUUAAUUUUGUUCCAUUUCUGUUCAUUAAACAUGUAUUCAUUAAUUUCUAAAAAUGUUUUCCUGGCGAUAUUGCUGUGUCCCAAUUGAUGGGUGAUGAUGCUCCGCAAGAUUACAAUUUUUAAUUUGGGGCUUUUGUACACUUCUGGAAUGAAAACAAAACCAGAAACAGACCCCUCCAAAAUCGCCUGAGUCCAUUGCCUCUUCGCCUCGCUCUCUAUGAAACCUGCCCUUGGUAUUAGUUUGCGCUGUUUUUUUUGGGGGGGGGUUCAUUUUUAAAAGCCAAUAUGUUAUACAGCCAGCGAUUGCAGAUGUACAUCAGAUACGUCAAGUUGUUGGGCGCGGGGCUUGAAAUAAAA